UCAGGAGUACUUCAAAGAUCAAAAUCAUUCUUUAGUUUUACUUAUAGAUAUUGUAUUUGGAAAUGACAUUUAGAAACUAAUAGAACAAUGCGCUGGAUCGAAAUCUGGUUUAUGGUUUUGGGAAUUGUUUAUUCAUCACAAUGCAUUGUGCUUGGUGCUGUUACUCCAAAGUUUUCGACUCUCCAACACCAAAAAACACUUCAAAACAAAAUGUUAGAUGGAUAUAAAAAGACCUUAAGGCCAAUAUCAGACCAAGACUUGCCACUGACUGUCAAUAUUUCUUUCAAAUUUCACACAAUACAAAAUUACAAUGAAGUUAGCGGUCUUUUUGCUUUCAAUGGUGGACUUAAUCUAUCCUGGGUAGACGAGUCUAUCCGUUGGAAUCCGAAUGAAUAUGGUAAUGCAACAGUCACUAGACUUCCAAUUGACGAUAUCUGGGUCCCCAACAUCGGUGUUCGAAAUCCGGCAGAAAGUGAGGAGUUCAUGGAGAUUGAGAUAGCAGGAUUUACUGUACCCGCUUCAAAUCACGGAUUAAUGGAUUUACAGAAUUCAGGGAUGAUCAAAAUCAUGUGUGAACCGGAUGUGACGUAUUAUCCCUUUGAUAUACAUCACUGUUCAUUGACCUUGGCUGUUCUCAACUAUGAGAGUUAUGAAGUUCAACUGCAACUCGCGAAACCAGCAGAGGCAAUGCAUACAUUUACAGAGAAUGGACAAUGGAGCAUAUCCAUUCUAGACACCAUCGUGACUGACAAAACGAUGGAAAUCAAGCUGGAGAUGAAAAGAAAAUCCUCCUUCCUAAUUGUCAACCUAUUUUUACCGGUUCUUUUCCUUUUAUCAAUAAAUAUGCUCGUCUUUCUACUUCCGGUAAAAUCAGGGGAGAGAAUAUCGUUCUCGAUCACCAGUUUCUUGUCAUUUGCCGUAUUUAUUACUAUCCUAACUGAGAAGGUCCCGCAACAGUCAAACCCCCUUUCCAUCCUCAGUAUCAUAUUUGCAUUUCAACUUGCAAACAGCACCAUGAUCUUAAUUUGUAAUGUCCUCGUAAUAAAUAUAUACCAUAGGUCAUAUGACGUCUUGUCAUCUUGCAUUGUUGCUUUUGUGAGAUUCAUGGGACAAAAAUCACAUGGAAAAAUGUCAUCCUCUGCCAUCACCAUCAGAAUAAAACCCGCUGAAGAUUGUUGCAAAUCGUGUGAAGAGGUUGUAGAUGAAAAAGUCACGUGGAAAGAGGUUGCGUAUGCCUUGGACAAACUGUUUUUAUUAAUUUUCCUUUGUUCCACCAUGUUUCCCGUCAUCGUUUUUAUUUUCUAUGUUACGUAUAAAACAUAGAAUGCAGCGUUAACAAAAAUAUAAAUGGGAAUUCAACUAUAUGUACAUUUGACUUGAAUUGAUUAUUUUGUUUGUAUUAUAAAAUGCAGUUAAGUAAACAGAAAUGUUGGUAGUCCCGGUUGAAAAUAAAGUUUCUCAUUGUUGCUAUGAAAUAUUUUUGUGUGUAUAAAGUUUGUCAUUGCUUAAUUAAUUGCAAAGAUUUUGU